AUGAAGACGGGCCAACGACGUGGUUGGGGUUGCGUGGUGCGACCGCCGCAGCUGCUGCUUCGCCGAUUUUUCGCCUUGAUUCUCCUGUUUCUGUGCAUGCACGCUGCUUGUGCCAAAGAGGCCGAAAUACAAGCGAACGCAUGGCUGAGCGCGCCGACGUCGGUGUGGGAUGCCAUCGUGAGCGACCCGAUGACACACUUCGCCAUGAUUCAGGCGGUGAAAGAGGAUUUCGUCUCUGCAAUCCGAGUUGUCGACAGCAUAGCAGAAGUCGUCGUGACGUCGCUGAAGCCCAUGAAGUCGCAGAAGGCGUGGGCCGGUGGUCCGGCCUACGGCGCAUAUGCUCAGUUCUCUGCGGUGACACAGUUAAACAAGGAAGAGGUGUUUUCGGCGCUGCGCAGCUCGAAUCUUCGCAGCAUCAACAGUAUCUUCCAGUCCGUGGGGUUCAACGCAGCGAUAGAGGUGCUGGCAGCUGAUGGGCCGCCGUCCAUGCGAGCCGUCGGACCGGUGCUGCUGCCGGUGUCGGGGUCGACUUUUUUCUGGCAGGUGCUUCUCGGUACGCUCAUGGCCCAAAAUGCUCUAAGCGUCGACGCCUUCAUGUACCCACUGCAAAUGGACAUCCAGAGCGCCGUGGACUUUACCGUGAGGAAGUUCCUGAUCGAAACAACUCCGCUGACAAACCAAGUGAACGUGUCGAGCUGGUACGUGUCGUACAACGUCUGGGCUUUCCCCGGAGCCGAGGUAACGCCGAGUACGCCGUCCGACCUCAGAGCAUUCGCGAUGAAGUCUAGGAUGCCUUUGUUUAACACGUACAUGAAAACCGUGAUGGACACCUACCCGAGUCUCAAGGCUUACGCGGACCUCCUUCCCACCAUGGUGCAUGCACGGACGCCGCCGCUCGGUAACCCAUUCGAAGACAACAGCGACAGUGACCCGGAUAGAAUCUUUGAGGUGUUGGCCAAUGAAACGGGCGACUACCUUCUCGUGUUCAGCGGUGAUGCCGACAGGUGGGGCCAAGUGUGGGAGAAAAGCCGCGAUGCCGUCUCGAAAUCGAUCGAGGAGGCGGUUGAGGCCAAGCUGCAUCGUCGCAUCUUCGUGAACAGGGCCUUUGUUACCUCCGCCAAGACGUUGCCGAAUGAUUCGGUGAAUGUUGGUGGACUGCAGGUGCUCUGCCGUGUUGUGCAGGGCAUAACGGUGAUCUCUAAUCACCCGUGGUCGCCUGAGGAGGUGGCACCGCUGCUGUUGCAGGCCAACUACAGCGCGACACAAGCCCUCUACAUCUCGGGUGGCGGUCCGGUCGAGGGGUACACGAAGUGGCCACCUGCAACGGCAUCCCAGUCGAUUCUGUUGGCGGCCUCCUACGAGGCCUCGCCCGGCUCGAUCGCCACAACAAGCAUCAGCUACGACUACAGAGUCCGGCUGAGCAAAGAUAUCGUCGGCAUCAUUGUCAUGUCAGUCCUGAUCAUCGGCGCGUCUCUUGUCGCCAUCAUCAUCACGGUAAGCUUCUGCUACUGCUGCCCGCAGUUCAUCGGCGGCGGCGCCGACAGGAAGCGCACUACGCUCUCGCACGCAAGCAUCGCCCCGUGA